UGCAGUAUUUUAUUCCGGCUGGCUCGACGCUGGCACCCCAAAUCGCCUUAUGGUUGCUAAGACUUCCACGGUUUUUCUAUGUCUGCGAGAAUUUGUUUCGGUAAAAGCACUACGAGAUAAGGAGCGAGGACCGGAACGGGUUUCUCUUCGUGGAUAUAUCUGUUACAUCUGAAGAUACGAGGCUUUUUCUACAAAUUUAAAGACAUACUUCGUCCCCCCGGUCCUGUGAUACAGGUGUUGUUGCCGUCCUGUGACGGAUUUAUCCUCUCAGCUGUCGGGUGCAAGGAGGAGAGGAAGCAGAGAUGCCGAAACCGAUCAACGUCCGUGUGACCACCAUGGAUGCAGAGCUGGAGUUUGCCAUCCAACCUAAUACCACAGGAAAACAGCUCUUUGACCAGGUGGUGAAGACGGUGGGACUGCGGGAGGUCUGGUUCUUUGGCCUGCAGUAUGUGGACAGUAAAGGCUACAUCACCUGGCUCAAACUCAACAAGAAGGUGACCCAGCAGGAUGUGAAGAAGGAGAACCCUCUGCAGUUUAAGUUCAGAGCCAAGUUCUUCCCCGAGGAUGUCUCAGAAGAACUCAUCCAGGAGAUCACCCAGAGACUUUUCUUCCUGCAGGUGAAGGAGGCCAUCCUGAAUGAUGAGAACUACUGUCCUCCAGAGACAGCUGUGUUACUGGGGUCAUACGCUGUCCAAGCCAAGUAUGGAGACUACAACAAAGAUGUGCACAAGCCUGGGUACCUUACCCAUGACAGACUGCUGCCUCAGAGAGUCCUGGAGCAGCACAAGCUGACCAAGGAGCAGUGGGAGGACAGGAUACAGACUUGGCACGAAGAACACAGAGGAAUGCUCAGAGAGGACUCUAUGAUGGAAUAUCUUAAAAUCGCCCAGGACUUAGAGAUGUACGGAGUCAACUACUUUGAGAUCAAAAACAAGAAGGGCACACAGCUGUGGCUGGGCGUGGAUGCUCUUGGCCUCAACAUUUAUGAACACGAAGACAAGUUGACACCAAAGAUUGGCUUCCCCUGGAGUGAGAUUCGAAACAUCUCUUUCAAUGACAAGAAGUUUGUCAUCAAACCUAUUGACAAGAAAGCACCUGACUUUGUGUUCUAUGCCCCACGACUGCGCAUCAACAAGCGCAUCUUGGCAUUGUGUAUGGGUAACCACGAGUUGUACAUGAGGAGGAGAAAGCCCGACACCAUCGAGGUGCAGCAGAUGAAGGCUCAGGCCCGGGAGGAGAAGCACCACAAACAGAUGGAGAGGGCUCAGCUGGAGAAUGAGAAGAAAAAGCGCGAGUAUGCGGAGAAAGAGAAGGAGAGAAUAGAGCGUGAGAAGGACGAGCUCAUGGAGAGGCUGAGACAGAUUGAAGAGCAGACGAUGAGAGCUCAGAAAGAGCUUGAGGAGCAGACCCGCCUGGCCAUGGAGCUGGAGCAGGAGAGAAAGCGGGCGAGGGAGGAGGCCGAGAGGCUGGAGAGAGACAGGCAGGCUGCUGAGGAGGCCAAGGCAGAGCUGGCCAGACAGGCUGCAGACCAGCAGAAGACCCAGGAGCAACUGGCUUCUGAACUGGCUGAAUUCACAGCCAAGAUUGCUCUCCUGGAAGAAGCCAAGAAGAAGAAAGACGAAGAGGCCACAGAAUGGCAGCACAAGGCCCUGUCAGCACAGGAGGACCUGGAGAAGACCAAGGAGGAGCUGAAGACCGCAAUGACAGUGGUGCCGGCGCCUCCGGGCGGCAACGCCGAGAACGAGCACGACGAGCAGGAUGAGAACCACGCGGAGGCCAGCGCCGAGCUCUCCAACGAGGGCGUCAGCCAGCUAGACCUCCGCAGUGAAGAGGCGCGCGUCACUGAGGCCCAGAAGAAUGAGAGGGUCAAACAACAGCUGCAGACGUUAAGUUCAGAGUUGGCCGAGGCCAGAGACGAAACCAAGAAGACGCAGAAUGAUGUGCUCCACGCCGAGAACGUGAAAGCAGGCCGAGACAAAUACAAAACUCUGCGCCAGAUCCGACAGGGCAACACGAAGCAGCGCAUCGAUGAGUUCGAGUCCAUGUGAGAAACGGCACCGCUGUCCCCUCGCCCGUCUUUCCCUCAGGGGUGUCUGCUCCCGAACUUUCCCCUCAGCAGCCGCUCAACUUUCAUGGACAACAGAUGCUGCCGUCCUUGUAAUCCCACCAAGUCCCCCUCAACGCCCACAAGGCGAUCUUGAGAAAUCAUCUUGUCAAAAACUGCCAAAGCCCCGCCCCACAUCUCCACUCUGAAAGUUACGGAUAUCUCCCUUCAUUUGGAGCUGCCUACACGCCACUCUGAACAAGCAAAGAUCGCUGUAAAGCAGAGAUUCUGUAACCCUUAAGAGAAACUGUAAAACCAAAAUGAAAACAAUUGGAUUUUUUAUUUUGAGCAAACAUGGCCAUAGCAAGCUACUUUUUGUUUUUGUUUUUUUGUUGUUUUUUUUGCUUGAUGACUUGUAUGCAAAGGUUUAGUAUAGGUCUUCAAUUUACCGAGUCCUCUCCUUGUUUUUAAGUUGUUUCCCUCUGCUUUAGUUUGACUCGUUUUAUUGAUGACGCCCUUCUUUUUAGUUGUCUGUGGAACACAUUGACGCUGGGUUCAGUCCCAGAACUACGAGUAAAGACCGGAGUUUGGGGAUAAAUUAAGUCAGUAUUUUCAUUCCUACCUUACAUAAUGUCAAACUAUAUCACAAGCUAGUUAUGCUAAUACUCUUAGCAUCUGUGAGUCAUUAGAGAGCUGAGCUGAGGUCCUUAAACUCUAUUCAAUCAAUUCAAACUUAUGUGAAUGUUACACUUCGAUAAAAACACAACACUGCAGUAUUG